AUGCCUGUCGCCGCCAUUACCGGAAAGCUCCGUCGCAAAAUCUGGACCGACAUUAGCACCGCGCUCGGUCUGGGCGUUUCGAGUGGAUAUGCCUACUGGUACUUCUACUACAUCCCGUCUGUGCGACGACGACAAGAAUACUACCUAAAGCUCGAAAAGGAGAAGCUCGCUGCGGCCGGUACCGAGUAG